CAAAGUUCCACACCACGUGGUACUUGAAUAAAAGCAUGGAGGCUGCUGUGUAUUUGUGCUCUGAUCCAAAUAUCACUUUUGCUAGUGCUUUGCCUUUCUUUGGAAGAACUUAGGCGAUAUCGAUAUUUUCCCAAUUGAUAGAUUCAGCCUCGGGGUUUUGGGCGGGUCGAGACGGAGCAGCAGCAGCGAUGGAGUGGUUCGGGACUGGAAACUCCCCUAUGUUUCCCGAAGAAGAAGAGGGUUACAGUGCCUCUGCCUCUUCUGUGCCAAGUAGCUUUCACAGCUCAUCACUGCAGGAGGUUGCCAGUGCAGAGUCCAUGGUGUCCCUGUGCCAGAGGCAGCAGCAGUGUGUGAAGGCCUCUGUUUCCAGCUGGCAGUUAGUGGAGGCUCAGGACCAGCUGUGUGGGAUGGAGCUGCACGGCUCCGAGAGCGUCGAGCAGGAGCGCGCUCGCGCUGUCGCCGGCCAAUCAGAGCUCUCGCAGACUGAACAUGAGUGGCGCCGGAAGGAGAGCAUGCUGGGAGGGAGCAGGAGCCCCGUGCUCAGCGCUGACAGCAGCCGGGACAUGUUCGACAAGAGUAUUAUUAAUAGUAAAAACGUUGAAUUGGAGGUUCACGACAAGAGCAAAACCUUUGUUCAGAAGUAUGAAAAAGAAUUGAGACAUUUUGGCAUGUUGCGGAGGUGGGAUGACAGCCAGCGCUUCCUGUCUGACCUGCAUCACCUCAUCUGUGAGGAGACGGCCAACUACCUGAUCCUCUGGUGCUUUAGACUUCAAGCCGAAGAGAAAGAGGCGUUGAUGGAGCAGGUAGCUCACCAGGCUGUUGCUAUGCAGUUUAUCCUGGAGAUGGCCAGCACCUCCCAGCAGGAUCCCAGAGGCUGCUUCCGUCACUUCUUCCACAAAGCCAAAGCAGGACAAGAGGGGUACUUAAACGUCUUCCAUGCUGAGCUAGAGGCCUUUAAGCAGAGAGUAAAAGAGUACACCGUCAAGUUCAAAGGAGAGACCCUCUCCAACGACACACCGCUCCAGAGCAGUACAGCACGCUGUCAUCUGGAUCCCAAAGAGGUUCUAGAAUCUUUACCCCCAGAACUGAAGGCAGGGUUCCAGCUGCAAGACAUGCAGAUUCUCCAGAAUGUUCUCCGCACCAUGAAUCCACAGGUGGCAGAGUACCAUGUGAAGCGUUGUCUGGAGUCCGGCUUGUGGACAAACAAAGAAGGGAGACGGUCCAAGGAGGAAGUUAAUCCAGAAACAGACGACCUGCGCAUGAUGGAGACAUAACGACUGUGGUGCACGCUCCCUCCAUCUCUCCCAUAGGAAUUGACACUCUCAAUAGGAAAAGGGCUGAGCUCCCCACAGAGACUUAUUUUUGUAUGCAGCAGAAUCUGCGCCUGAAUGUGUCUUGCACUUUAUAUUUGUUCAAAACAAUCUAUUUAAAGAAGGCGAGUGGUAGGUAUUUUGAGGCACUUACCUUACCUUUUCUCAUAUAGCUAGAGUAUCUCUACUCAUGUCAUAUCUUGAUUGUUUUAGCAGAGUGAACCUUGAGUGAACCUUGCUUUGUAAGGAAGUCAUCUUUACACAUUAAUUUACAAGAGCUACUUCAAACUUUUGAGAAUUGUUUUUGUUUAUAUAUUUUGGGGUAUUCCUGUGACUCCGUUAAUCAACCUUAUGGGUGUGAAGAAGGGAGAUAACAGUCCAUCUACAGUAGGCUUCACAAGUAGGAAGUCUAGCGGUUAAGAGCGUUGGGCCAGUAACAGAGAAAUUGGCUGUUCUGCCCUCGACCAAAGCAGUUAACCCCCAACAAUAACUACGGGCGCCAACGACAUGGACGUCGAUUUAAGGCGGCUGCCCCCCCCCCCGCACCGCUCUGAUACAGAGGGGUUGGAUUAAAAGCAGGAGACCCAUUUCGGUUGAAUGAAUUGUUGGGCAAAUGACUAGGUAUCCCCCUUUCCUUCCUUUAGUAGGAGGGGAAAAGCCUGAGCAUUUAUAAUCAAACUUGCUCUUGUCGUAAAUAAAAGUGCACCAUGUUUUGGUUGAAGAGGCCUAAUCCUGGAGUCCUAUUUCUGCAGUCUCUAACGUUCUGUCCAACACCGCUGAGCCAGUAGUGCAUGUGGUUAAAACUGUCAUAGACACGUGCAAACGCUCUGGGCCCAUAUUCACAAAGCGUGAGUAGGAGUGCUAGUCUAAGGUCUGGUCCCCACCUCUAAUUUAUAAUGGUUUAAAAGGUCUGCCCCCCUUUCUAAUUCAUAAUAGUUUAAAAGGUCUUCCCCCCUUAUCUAAUUCAUAAUGGUUUAAAAGGUCUCUCUCUCCCCCCCUCUAAUUCAUAAUGGUUUAAAAGGUCUCUCUCUCCCCCCCUCUAAUUCAUAAUGGUUUAAAAGGUCUGGGCCCCCCCACUUUAAUUCAUAAUGGUUUUAAAGGUCUGCCCCCCCUAUAAUUCAUAAUGGUUUAAAAGGUCUCCCCCCCCCCCCCCCCCCCCCACCUUCUAAUUCAUAAUGGUUUAAAAGGUCUGGGGCCCCCCCUCUAAUUCAUAAUGGUUUAAAAGGUCUGGGGCCCCCCCUCUAAUUCAUAAUGGUUUAAAAAGCUAAACUGAUCUUAGAUCAGCACUCCUAUUCUGACACUCUGGAUGAGGGCCCUGUGCUCUUUCAGCUCCUGUGUGUCCAGUUUGUCAUUAGGCCAAUAUUUAAUGCCGAUAUACUACCAUGGUGUAGCUAUGACGACUCCACUAUGCAAAGCAAUGAGUUUGCUGUGAUUACUUGUGUUACUGCUGGUCACUCCUCCUCAACCAACACUCAUAAAAUGUCUUGCUCUGUCCAUCACAGAAAAAUAAGCUUCUCAACAUAUCAAUGUAUGGCUGCUAAACUCAACUGCUCACAUAAUUGAUUGUGACACUGGAAACAACCUGUAGAACUUCCUUUGGCUGCCAGAACGUGACAACAUCCUGUACUAGUCUGUGCUCUGUUUGAAAUAGAACCGCUUUGAAACAACUGUGCAGGGUAAAUGGCUAUAAUACAUUAGGUCUACCUGAACACAUUUUAAACGUUCUGCAAAAGUCUAAUGAAAUAAAUGAAUUUAAAUCUG